GCAGACUUUCACUGACUUUAGCUACCUUUGAAGCAGCACAGUCAGGGAGACAAAAUGAGACUGUCAGUGAGCCUCGUCCUCGUCUCAAUCUCUGUCGUCUUGGCAGUGCCACCUACUGCCCGCAAGAUGUCACAUCGUCAGGAUGAUGAUUUGCAAAUCCCACAAGGGGAUUUACGCAUGAAGACCGUGGUGUUCCCCAGUGAGACGAGUACUAGUUAUGUUGAGAUGGUCCCUCAGAAACCAAUGACCCUCAAGGCUUUCACUCUGUGCAUGCGAGUGGCCACCGAGCUCCCGAGCAGCGAUCGUGAAAUCAUUCUCUUUGCAUAUCGGACGAGAGACUAUGAUGAGCUGAAUGUGUGGCGAGAGACCGAUGGCAGGUUGUCCUUCUACCUGAGUGGAGAGGGAGCUAUAUUCAGAGCCCCCGAGCUCAAAAGCACACAGACCCACCUGUGCUUCACCUGGGAUUCCAGUACAGGUGCAGCUUCCAUCUACAUAGACGGGGAGAAAAGCGUGACUAAAAUCUACAAGAAGGGUCACACUGUGAGAGCCGAUGGAAAGGUUAUCCUGGGACAAGACCCAGAUAAUUUCCUGGGUGACUUUGACGCCGCCCAGAGCUUUGUUGGGGAGAUCUUCGACGUGAACAUGUGGGACUAUGUCCUCUCACACGGCAUGAUAGCCAGCCUGGCAUCCUGGGAGAGAACACCAAGGGGAAACGUGUUUGACUGGGAAACCAUAGAUCUUACACCUCACGGGGAGGUGGAGAUUCUUCAAACCGAGCUGUAGGCGGGAUGCUCUCACAAAACAUAUCUGUAUGAUGGUUAUUUCAUCAAACAUGCAAUAAAAACUUAUGCUGACAA